AUGCUCAGCAAAACGCAACGGGAGGAGAGCGCCAUCAAGACCGUCACCCUAGCAAGAGGCACAUUCAGUGGUAUCAGCCCUCCAGGCGUUACCAGUGGCAAGAGCUCAGACAGGUCCAGUGUGCCGCCAACAUCGUCGCCAGACCAGCGCGACAGGACCGAUCCACUGCGACUCCUUGCGUCGGUCGGCAUUGUCGAACUGCUUGAGAACGAUACGCGACCGACAUUCAUCAUCGAUAUCGCCGAAGCGUCCAAUUAUACCGCAGGUUCCACGAAUGUCCAUAUCCUGUUCGCGAAUAAUGCGCUGCGGUCAAACCCGCCGAUAUGGGAGCUAGUGACUGGGAGGCUUCCGGGGCAUACGCCGAAUGAGACUCAGACGCAUGCUCUGAAUCAGUUCAAGGGCUGGUUGCUAAGUCCAGUAGUACAAGGCGAUGGACAGGAAGCGAACCCCUCACCUGUUGAACAUGGCGGCACGGUGUGGUCAUGCUAUACACUAAGAAGACGCCUACGUGUGGUGUCAGGCUCUGUACCCUCUAAUACGCAAUCUCCCAUUCCCUCCACAAGAGAAACCAGCCAAUUCUCUAUAUCAACGCCAUCUUCACGUGGACACAACAAGAAUCGUUCAGAGAGAGCAUCAGUAUCUCAGCCUGAAGCACAGGAUUACUUUGGUGAUUCCGUUGCGCCGCCUACAGAAGCACCGGCUCCCGAUAAACCGCCACCCCCGGAAGAAUUGACUGAUGGCGAGACUGGACCUGUCCCAGAACCUGCUGAGCAGCAGAUGGGGAUUACUCCAAGGCCCAGCAAGCUGGAUUUGACAGUGGUAGGCGGAAUCCCAGGGAGCGCUCAGGACCAUGAUGUUGGGUUCUUCGACUGGACCCGACUGAGCUUGUCCCCUUCGCUUCCCAGUCACAUUCAGUUUGCGCGUUCCAUUGAUUGGAGCUCGACCUCGCUUGGGCCUAUCGAGUACUGGACUAGUGAUUUGCGGGCCAUGUGUAAUCUAAUCAUGGCGAGCCCUCAUCCUGCGGCAAUGUACUGGGGAGAGGAUCUCGUUGCCAUCUACAACGAAGCAUAUAUCGGUCUCGCCGGCCAGAAGCACCCCCGGCUCAUGGGUCAGAGUUACAAGGAGGCGUGGGCCGAGAUUUGGGACGAUGUCAAAGAUGUCUUCACAAAUGCGCGUCUGACUGGUCAGGCGACGAUGAAGGAUGACGAUUGCCUAUUCAUACAAAGGAAUGGAUUCCUAGAAGAGACAUACUUCUCGUGGUCCAUUAUCCCUAUGGUCGGUGAAGAUGGCACUGUCAUGGGCCUCUACAACCCUGCGUUCGAGAAGACCCGACGGAAGAUUGCCGAACGCCGAAUGCUUACUCUGCGCGAGGUGGGAGAACGUACAGCCACUGCCCGCGAUGUUAAGAGCUUCUGGGGCCAGGUCUUGGACGCGCUGACGGAGAACGAGUACGACACCCCAUUCGCGCUAUUAUAUUCGGUUCAAGAUGAGACGGAUAGUGAUUGUUCGUCUCUGCAUUCGAGCAGCCUUUUAGGGAACAAGACGUGUUACCUCGAAGGGUCAUUGGGGGUCCCGCAAGGCCACCCGGCCGCGCCCGAAGCUAUGGAUCUCAAGGAAGGGAAUGAGGGCUUCGGUCCCGUGUUCCGCGAGGUCAUGAAGACGGACAGACCUGCCGUUCUAAGCAUCGGUUCUGGGGAUCUACCCCUGGAGAUGAUGGAGGGUAUUCAAUGGCGCGGCUUCGGAGAUGCUUGUCGCGAUGUUGUCGUCUGCCCUAUACAUCCCACAACGGGAGACGUCAUUCUGGGCUUCCUGGUCGUCGGUGUCAACCCUCGCAGACCGUUUGACGACGAUUACAAUCUCUUCAUUCAGCUCCUGGGUCGACAGCUCGGCACGUCUCUAGCGUCCGUCGUGUUAUUCGAGGACGAAAUCCGCAGAGGCCAGAAGGCGGCGAAACUCGCCGCUGAAGACCGGUAUAACCUCUCGGAACAACUUGCCGCACGGACCCAGGAAGCACGGGAUAGCGAGACCAAGUUCACGAGGAUGGCGGAAUACUCGCCAGCUGGACUCUUCAUUGCGGACCACGAAGGACGCAUCACGUUCUCUAAUGACGCUUGGUAUGAAAUCACCAGGGUCCCGAAAGAGCCGGAUAAGACGGAUCGAUGGAUCGAUUAUGUCAAAGAGGAAGAUCAGUGGAUUAUACAGGAGCACUGGAGAGGCUUGGUGGAGAAUGCGGAUGCGAUCAACAUCGAAAUCAGAUUCAAGGCAGCUUGGGAAGAUAGAAACGGAAACAAGGGCGACACCUGGGUUCUCUUCUCAGCGUUCCCGGAGACGUACGAAGGAGGGAACCUCAAGAGCAUCUUCGGCAGCUUGACCAACAUCAGCUCGCAGAAGUGGGCCGAGGACUUCCAGAAGCGCAAGAUGGAGGAGGCCGUCGAGAUGAAGCGGCAGCAGGAAAACUUCAUUGACAUCACCAGCCACGAGAUGCGGAAUCCCCUCAGUGCGAUCCUGCAAUGUGCGGACGAAAUCUCCGCCAACCUGGGCGACUUUCGAAACGCGGAUCCGAGUGCUCUUCCGAGGACGGUGAUUGGUGACUGUGUUGACGCGGCGCAGACGAUAUCGUUGUGCGCGCAGCACCAGAAGCGAAUUGUCGAUGACGUUCUGACGCUGUCGAAACUUGACAGCGCCAUGCUCAUGGUCACCCCAGUUGAUGCUCAACCGAUACAAGUGGUACAGCGCGCCCUGAAGAUGUUCGAAGGCGAAGUCCAGACGGCGGGUAUCGAGAUGAAUUUCGUGGUCGACGAAUCCAUCCAAGACCUUGGCAUCGACUGGGUCAGGAUGGACCCUUCGCGUGUCCUGCAGGUCCUCAUCAAUCUCACCACCAAUGCCAUCAAGUUCACCGCCACGGGGUCGAACCGCACCAUCAAAGUGAUUCUGUCCGCAUCAAGGACACGCCCGUCAGCCAGCCCAAGCCCGACUGUAAGCUUCUUUCCUUCAAGGACGAAGCAUAUGGAGGCCGAGUUUGGCCCCGACUGGGGCGACGGCGAAGAGAUCUUCCUGGAGUUCGCGGUAGAGGACACCGGCCGUGGUUUGAAUGAUGAAGAGAAGAAACUGCUCUUCCAACGAUUCUCUCAAGCGAGCCCGCGGACACACGUGCAAUACGGAGGCUCGGGCCUCGGCCUGUUCAUUUCGCGCCAGUUGACGGAGCUUCAGGGCGGGGAGAUUGGCGUUGCGUCACAAGCGGGGAGGGGGAGCACAUUCGCCUUCUACAUCAAAUGCAGGAAGAGUAAUAAGCCGACGGAGCGCGUGGAAAGUCUCCCGUAUCCCAUGAGGCGUCCUUCAGCGAAUCGGACGCGCCACAGCUUACCUGUGGUGAGAGGGGGUGAUAUAACUCCUAAAGACGAAGGAAGAGAGGGUAGUAAGACGCCAAAAGCACGCCUAAAAGUCUUGAUCGUGGAGGAUAACCUAGUUAAUCAGAAGGUGCUGCAACGCCAGCUCCAGAACCAGGGUAUAACCACGCAUGUGGCAAACCACGGCGGAGAGGCGCUCGAUUUGGUCAAGGCAUCCUGGUACUGGAAGGAGAAUCGGCCAGAUGCAGAGGAGCUAGGGGUGUUGCUCAUGGAUAAGGAGAUGCCAAUCAUGGACGGACUCCAGUGUACCAGCCAAAUCCGAGAGUGGGAGAAGCAAGGGCUGCUGAGGUGCCACGUGCCCAUCAUCGCGGUCACGGCGAACGCGCGGAGCGAGCAGGUGGCGACGCUGCGGGCGGCCGGCAUGGACGACGUCGUUUCGAAACCGUUCCGCAUUUCGGAGCUGGUGCCUAAGAUUGAGGAUCUCUCGGCGAAAUAUCCCGAUGGACUUGGUGAUGGGUCGCGUACACCUCAGCCUCGUUCGAGCGAGUCGGGGGCGAGGACUUCGUAA